UCUAGAGUAGGUCUCUCCUUUUGCCUGCGGCGUGAGUGCAGAGUGCGAACUGCGGCAGCCGGAGUCAUGGCAGGACAGGCAUUCAGAAAGUUUCUUCCCCUCUUUGACCGAGUAUUAGUUGAAAGAAGUGCAGCCGAAACUGUAACCAAAGGAGGCAUUAUGCUUCCAGAAAAAUCACAAGGAAAAGUAUUGCAAGCAACGGUGGUAGCUGUUGGAUCAGGCUCUAAAGGAAAGGGUGGAGAGAUUCAGCCAGUUAGUGUGAAAGUUGGAGAUAAAGUUCUUCUCCCAGAAUAUGGAGGCACCAAUGUAGUUCUAGACGACAAGGAUUAUUUCUUAUUUAGAGAUGGUGACAUUCUUGGGAAAUAUGUUGACUGAAAUAAGUCACUAUUGAAAUGGCAUCACUUGAAGCUGCCCAUUCCACUGAAGUUCUGAAAUCUUUCAUCAUGUAAAUAAUUUCCAUGUUCCUCUUUUAUAAUAAACUAAGGAUAUCCAAGCUAAUGACA